AUGGCGUGUAACGGACCCAUGUAUUACAUAAAGGUCACGGGAUCAGAAAUCAUCCAAGAUUUUAAAAUUUUCCCACUCUCUCUCUCUCAUUUUUGCAAUGUGUGUGAGUGCUGCGGAUGGAAAUUGGAUACCGAGGAGAGGGACUUACUCAACCGUGGAAUCUUAUCGGAACAGACUUGCUACGAAAUGGAAAGGUACCUGAAGGACGAGCCAAAGUUACAAUCGUACAAAAAGUUACCCACCGAACUCGACACCGCACCCUGGAAUAUGUUCAGGCCUCCAAUCUCGUGGACAGCAUCCACAGGCACCACGAAUGGACAGUUCGAGUCUGCCAUCAAAAUGGAAGUCACGACAACUGACGACAGGGAUCAACUUUGCCUGGAGGAUAUUAAAUUUAGUUCAGGUGACCACAAUCACAACGGCCGAGACAGGGACCUCCUUGAUCGGCACCUGGAUUCCUUGUCAAUGUCGUCAGCGAGUUCGGCGUGUUCAGCCCUCUCAUGGGACAGUUCUCCUUCCCUCUCGUGUACGGCUCUUAUCCUUAAAAAAGAGCCGAGCGAGGAUCUCGAGGAGGACGAGGAACAUGAGGAAAUCGAGGAGGACGACGAUAGUCUGUGCGAGGGUGAAGGUCAAAUCCUGACACCACCGUCGAGUCCUGAAUCGGGUCAAGGUCAUUCCAAUUCCAGUCACUCGUCGAGCGGGAGUUCGAUGCUUGACGUACAUAAUCUGAACCUCCAUGGAACGGGCGGCAGGAGUGCUAUCGUUAGGGUUACUGCAAGCAAUGCUCAAAGUGUUGCCAGAUUAAUCUCGGUGGCAACAAACGGUUUUCCAACUGUCGCGAGCACGCAACAUGCACAUGUUGGAACGGCACCAGUUCCAUCCGCGGUUGCGAACAGGCAUCAUGCAAGAAGUCACGAACACAGUCCACCGGACACUAAACGCAGGAUACACAAGUGUCAGUUUCCUGGAUGUAAAAAAGUCUAUACCAAAAGUUCGCAUCUCAAAGCGCACCAGAGGACGCACACAGGAGAGAAGCCAUACAAAUGCAGCUGGGAAGGUUGCGAGUGGCGAUUCGCACGUUCCGAUGAAUUGACGCGCCAUUAUCGCAAGCACACAGGCGCAAAACCCUUCAAAUGUAGACACUGCGAUCGUUGCUUUUCACGUAGCGAUCACUUAGCGCUACACAUGAAAAGACACGUUUAAUCUCGUACAUUUUUCCCCGCCCCAAAAAAUUUAUAAAGAGAAAUAAAAAAAAAGCCUCUCCGAAUUCUGCGAGAAUGGAUAUCCCAUCGAUAUGAUCUCAACUUUAAAAACAAAAAAAAAAAAAAAAAAAGAAAACGAAAUUUAAAAAAAUCAAUUUAAAAAAAAAGAACGAAAAAUAAUUCUCUUUUCUCUUUUUUUUUUCUUGUCGAGAUCAAAAUAUCGAUGAAUUCAACUAAAACUGGAGACUAUGCGUAUAAUCAUUAUCAUCAUCAUCAUCAUCAUGAUCAUCAUCAUCAUCAUCACCAUCGUCAUCGUCGUCAUAGACACACAGACACAUAUUUCCGUUUAGUGAUUAAAGUUAC